GUCAGUAUCAGAUUCAGUUCUUAUUUGCUUUCCACGUUUGACUCCAUCUGAUAAUUCAGUUGAAGUCGAAAGUAUCAACUGUCAUUGUCAUUAUUAUUUUGUCUGAAAAAUAAUUCCUAAUUUCAUUCGCAGGUUUUGCAAUUCGCAUACGUUCUUGGUCGAAAAAUCUUCCGUAAUGGGUGGACAUGGUCAUGGUCAUGGUGAUGCAUACAAAGUGCCAGAUGCAUCAAUUUACAAAGUCGAAGCUCCACAAUUGGUAGAAGUACAAGAAUCUUUGGCAAGAUUGGGUUUAAAGGAUCCUUGGGCAAGGAAUGAAGCCUGGCGCUACCUUCCUAAACAUGGAACACAUGCUUCUCGUGCCAGAAUAUUCUUCACACGUGGUUUCGUAUGGGGUCUUGCUGCGGCUUUAAUUACUGUUGGAAUAGAAAAGGGUCUUUCCAGCGGCGAUGAACAUGGUCAUGGUCAUGGCGAACACCAUUAGUCAUGAAUAAAAGAAGAUAAUUAGAGUUGGAACAUACAAAUGUUUAAUUUAAUAAAAGAAAUAAAGGAAGCAAAUGCUUUUGUGAAUUUUUCAA